CUACGCUACUUAGAACGCAAUCCCAUUAACCAUAACUAAAUUGAUAAUAACGUAUUAUUAUUUUCAUGAUUCAAAUCGCAAUAAUAUUGGUGACUGUAGUCUGUAAGCCCAAACACCUUGGAGCAGUAGUACACGCUGCGCGGGCUUUAUAGCAAGGCGUGCGAUUCGAUACCAAUUUAAAUAUUUCAAUACUUACGAGUUUCGUAACGAAAAAUAAUAAUUUUCGUAAAGUUUGUUAACUUAGUGCAAUUAUAUUUACUUAAUUAAUUAGCGAUAUUUAUUGGUGUUAAUAUGAAAGUGGUUUUAUUAUUUGCGGCUAUCGGCCUGAUUUCCUGUGAGCCUCAAACCUCAUAUUGCUGUAAACCAGACCAGGGUGUUAUGGCAGAUGUCGAGAACCGCUGCGUGGACGUAGUCAACAAUGUGACGACGCCUACCAAACUUUCCUGUGAGGUCGUCUACCAUUUCAAUCAAUCGGAUUAUAACUUUAUUGUGACUGAUGAUGGGAGACUGAUCUUGUUGUUUGGUUCGGAUCCACAGAUUGAGCCUGAACAGUUUUGCAUAACAAAUCGGACGUUAAACGCAAAUGAGAGAUCCGCAGUGGUAUGCGAUGAAGUAGAAGAAGAAAUCAUAGACGAAAGUGUCCUCGGAUACUGUAUGCUAGUAUCUAUCGUGUUCCUGAUACUAACUCUGAUAGUUUAUUGUGCAUUGCCUGAAAUGAGGGACUUACAAGGAAAGAGCAUAAUUAACUUCUGCGCAAGUUUAGCGCUUGGUCUCAGUAUUCUAAGUAUAUUGAAAUUGCAAUUUGAGUACUCACAUAUGGGAUUGUGUGCUGCACGAGGUUUCUUCAUUUACUUCUUUUUACUUGCAAGCUUCUUUUGGACGAACGCGAUAUCAAUACAGAUUCUUCUGAAUUUAAAGCGACCAACUACCUCCGACUACGGUUGGAAGGCGUUCGCCUGGUACGCUGCGUACGCUUGGGGAUGCCCAAUAGUUUUAACAACAGCAAUGGCAAUUGUUAAUUUUCUCCCAGGCUACCAUAGAAAGCCUGGUAUAGGAUUAAAUACAUGCUGGUUCUAUAACAUGCGUGUACAGUGGCAUUAUAUGUACAGCGUCAUGACAAUCUUGAUCCUUGCAAACAUCUGCAUAUUUGUUUACAUUUCUAUUUACCUGUGGCGGAUUUCAUUCGCUAGUACUCACAUAAAAGCUCUAAAAUAUAAGUUUGUUAUGACGGUGCGAAUGAUUAUCAUUAUGGGAUUGCCUUGGGUCUUUGAAAUGAUCAGCUCGCUAAGCAAACCUCACAUUAUUUGGGUCAUAACAGACAUAUUCAAUAUGUUACAAGGACUGCUAAUUUUUCUGCUGCUCGUCGUGUUCCGAAAACGCGUGAUAAAAGCAAUGUUCAAGAGGGGUUGGCUGGACUGUAUAUCGGGAUACGUCGGACGCUACCUGGCGGUUGGUGAUGAUGAAGAAGACGUGGUGAACCACACGACUGACUUUGGUCUCCAAGAGACACUCACUAAAUAGCUGGUGAUUGCCCUGUCGCUACGCGUCGAACGGUGGACUAUACGGUUUUAUACUUAGUGAGUCUAUGAAACUGUAAAGUCCAUGUACCUGAAUGUAUUACAGAUAGGUACAUACAUACACUACUUUAUGUCCUACAUUCGUUUUCAUACUUUGAUGGUAGUGUGUCAGAAGCCUUCACGCAAGCGCGACAACUGUACCUUUCAAACUAACGGAUGAACGUUGCGCGAAUGCAUGGGUAACAAAGAGACAUACCUAGGUAUAAACUAUAAACAUCGAGUACGGAACGGAUAGCGGAG